ACAGACUGAGAGUGGGCUAAAGACAGAUCUGCAGAUCAGUAAAGAGACAAGAAGACAAGUGUAGAGCAUAAUGGACUUUACUACAGUGAUAUUGGUAGGACUAAUCUUAGCUCUACUGUUGAUUUUUAGGGUAAAAAACAGUAAAAGGUAUCGAUUGCCUCCAGGACCCACUGCACUUCCUCUCAUAGGAAACCUGCCACAACUGGACAAAAAUGCACCUUUUAAAAGCUUUAUCAAGUUCAGUGAAACCUAUGGUCCUGUGCUGACAUUGUACCUGGGCUGGCAGCGAACAGUUGUCCUGGUAGGGUACGAUGCAGUGAAGGAGGCUCUGGUGGACCAGGCAGAUGACUUCACAGGCAGAGGGCCACUGCCGUUUCUUCUCAAAGCUACCAGGGGCUUUGGUUUGGCGAUCAGUAACGGCGAGCGUUGGCGCCAGCUGCGACGUUUCACACUGACAACCCUCAGAGACUUUGGGAUGGGACGCAAGGGGAUGGAAGAGUGGAUCCAAGAAGAGAGUAAACACUUGAGGGCUCGCAUAGAGACAUUCAAAGCUGCACCCUUUGACCCAACGUUUUUGUUGAGUCGCACUGUGUCAAAUGUGAUCUGCUGCCUGGUGUUCAGCCAACGCUUUGUUUAUGAAGACAAGCAGUUCUUGCACCUCCUCAACAUCAUAUCUGAGAUUUUGAGGUUCAAUAACUGUCCAGUGGGUCAGCUGUACAACAUCUUUCCCUGGCUAAUGGAGCGUCUGCCCGGCCACCAGCACACUGUUUUUGCUCAAAUUGAGGAGAUUAGAGAGUUUAUCAGGAUGAAGAUCCAAGAGCACAAGGAGACUCUGGACCCCAGCUCCCCACGAGACUACAUUGACUGCUUCCUCAUCCGAAUGAACCAGGAAAAGCACAUUCCCACAACUGAGUUCAACUAUGACAACUUGGUGUCAACAGUGAUGAAUCUGUUCCUGGCAGGAACAGAAACCACCAGCUCCACCAUCAGAUAUGCCCUCAGUGUGCUGAUCAAAUACCCACACAUACAGGAGAAAAUGCAGCAGGAGAUUGACAGUGUGAUUGGAAGACACCGAUGCCCCAACAUGGAGGACAGGAAGUCACUCCCUUUCACAGAUGCUGUUAUUCAUGAGGUGCAGCGUUUUCUGGACAUUGUCCCCUUCAGCCUCCCUCACUACGCUCUGCAGGACAUCACUUUCAGGGGUUACACAAUUCCCAAGGACACUGUGAUUAUUCCCUUGUUGCACUCUGUGCUGAAAGAGGAGAAGCAAUGGGCAACUCCAUGGUCCUUUAACCCCCAGCACUUCCUGGACCAGAAUGGCAACUUUAAGAAAAAUCCUGCAUUCUUGCCAUUUGCUGCAGGAAAGAGAGCCUGUGUUGGCGAGUCUCUGGCUCGUAUGGAGAUUUUCAUCUUCCUAGUGUCACUGCUGCAGCAUUUCACCUUUUCCUGUGCUGAGGGCCCUGACAGCAUAAACCUCAUUCCAGAGUACAGCAGCUUUGCCAAUUUGCCUCGCAGGUACCAGAUCAUUGCCACGCCACGGUGAAAGGAGGAGCUCCCUCAGACAGUCUAUCAUCGAUCCCUCUCUGAGUCACUCACAAUGCAAAAUACAGUACAUUUCUGUAUUGUGAUACAGCAGUGUUUGUUGUGCAGUUAAUGUCUGAUACCUCUGUGACAAAGCCCACUGUACUUAGAAUUUAAAGAACAGCUUCUCCCCGAGCAGAAUUUUGAAGGUUUUUUUUAAUGGUCUUCUUUUAUGUGUAUUUGUGUGUGUGUUUUUUUUUAAUUCAGUUCUUUGUGUGACUUGUUGAUAAAAUGAAUAGAGCCCCACUAUAAAAAUGCAUCAUUAUUAUUACUGCAACUUGUAUUGCAAAGGCGAAUAAAGCAUUUCCCUCUGUGGAAGAAUUGUGUUCUUCAUGCUAUAUAUUGUGUGAUUCUACAUAGAAGCUGACUGGAAACAAAGCUAUUAACCAGUGAGGAGCAGACACUUACUUGUAUUUUUUUUGCCCAAAACUUUAUUGCGAGUUUAAAGUAUUAUUUUCAUUAUGUGUGUGUGUUUGUGAUCUGUUACAAAUUCAAAGACGUGAAUAAACCAGCGAUAAACACUG